CGUACGUGGAACACUAUAUACUCAUUUCUGUAAUAACAGCCAUUACAUUACGUAUAGAGAGAGAAACUCUCCUGCAUUCACUCACAUGCCAGCUCUGUAAAUUUGUCACCCUGUCCACUUCCCUCAUAAUUGAACAUAUAUUUCAACAAUCUAUCCACACUCCUCAAUCUAUCAUAAUGGAGUAGAUAAACGACUCUAGAGAGAGAAGCAGCCAUAAAAAUCCUGUCUUGCUCAAAGAUGAAGGACCAGCCCUUCUCCUUGUAUCUGCGCCUACUCUUCUUCCUCAUCCUCCUAGCCGCCGCACACGGCCUCGCCGCCGACUCCCGCCGCCUCCUCUCCUUCAAACAGUCACUCCCCGACCCCGAUCAGCUCCUCAACUGGCACCCCACGAUUUCCCCAUGCAAUUUCACCGGCGUCUCCUGCAAACACUCGAGAGUUUCCUCAAUCGACCUCUCCAAUUAUCAUCUCCACGCCGACUUCUCCAAACUCGCCAAAUUUCUCCUCUCCCUUCAGAAUCUCGAGUCACUCGUGCUCAAAAACGCUAACAUCUCCGGCGCAAUUCCAAAAUUCUCGUGCACCACUUCCUUGAACUCGUUAGAUCUAGCCGAAAACGCGAUUUCAGGGCCCGUUUCCGAUGUUUCAACGCUCAGACUCUGCCCCGCUUUGCUUUCUCUCAAUCUCUCUGGGAAUUUAAUGGACUCUUUUGAUGAAGAAGCGGUUUCAGUCCCAGGGCUAACAUCGCUGCAAUUUCUCGAUCUUUCUUACAACAAAAUCUCAGGCCAAAACACGCUUUCAUGGCUUUUGUCGAACGAGUUUCCUCAGCUUCAGCACUUGUCUCUCAAAGCCAACAAUUUCUCCACCAGAUUUCCCGUUUUAAGCGACUGCUCCACUUUGCAACAUUUAGACUUAUCUUCCAACAAAUUCUAUGGCGAAGUUGAAACCUCGUUUUCCGCGUGUUCCAAACUGAGAUUCCUUAAUCUCACCAACAACCAGCUCACAGGUGCAGCUCCUCACCCAACUGCGAGCUUGCAGUUUGUCUACCUUAAACAGAAUCAUUUCCAUGGUUUUUUCCCUCUCACUUCCUCUGACUCUUGCUCAUCUCUUUUGGAGUUGGAUUUGUCUCUAAACAAUUUCACCGGCAAACUGCCGCAAAAUCUUGCUGAUUGCUCUCUUCUCGAGCUCCUCGACGUAUCUGUCAACAACUUUUCCGGCCAACUGCCAGUGGAAACACUCUUGAAACUGAACAGCCUGAGGAUUUUAAGGAUGUCUUUCAAUAAUUUUGUGGGCCCGGUGCCUGAUUCUCUCUCCGGAUUGGUAGGUUUGGAGACUUUGGAUGUGAGCUCCAAUAGUCUAUCUGGUUUGAUUCCUUCAGGGCUUUGCCAAGAUCCAAGGAACAGCUUCAAAGUGUUGUACCUUCAAAACAAUCUGUUCACCGGUGUUGUACCUGAGAGCUUAAGCAACUGUUCUAAGCUGGCCUCCCUUGAUCUGAGUUUCAACUAUUUGAGUGGGACAAUCCCAGCUAGUUUAGGAUCCCUGCCCCAACUGAGAGAUGUGAUGAUGUUGUUGAAUCAACUAAGCGGCGAAAUCCCAGCAGAGUUGAUGAGGCUGCAGAGUUUGGAGAAUCUGAUUCUUGAUUUCAAUUACUUGAGAGGAUCAAUACCUGGCAGCCUGAGCAACUGCACAAAGUUGAACUGGAUAUCUCUGUCGAACAAUGAGUUGAGUGGUGAGAUACCGGCGUCCUUAGGCCGUCUGUCGAAUCUAGCGAUUCUGAAGCUUGGGAACAACUCCCUGUCCGGGAUGAUCCCGGGGGAGUUGGGGGAUUGCAAGAGCUUGAUUUGGUUGGACCUCAACACCAAUCUCUUGAAUGGGACUAUCCCACCAGCUCUGUUCAAGCAGUCUGGCUACAUUGAUGUGGCCUUGCUCACGGGGAAGAGGUACGUGUACAUCAAGAACAACGGCAGCGACCACUGCCACGGAGCUGGGAAUUUGCUCGAGUUUGGAGGCGUUAGGGAUGAGGGGCUGGGCAGGGUGUCGAGGAGGCAUUCCUGCAGCGGCGGUCUCGUGUGGAGGGGCAUCACUCAGCCCAAUUUCAACCACAAUGGCUCCAUGAUGUUUCUUGACCUGUCCUACAAUCACUUGGUUGGUAGCAUUCCUAAAGAGGUUGGAUCCAUGUUCUACUUGUAUGUGCUCAACUUGGGGCAUAAUGCUCUCUCCGGUCCUAUCCCGGACGAGCUUGGAGGCCUCAAGAAUGUGGCCAUUAUUGAUUUGUCGUUCAACAGCUUGAAUGGAAGCAUCCCACAGUUCAGUAGCCUUAGGCUUGGAGAUAUUGAUCUGUCCAACAACAAUCUGAGUGGGAAGAUCCCAGAAUCCGCUCCACUUGAUACAUUCCCAGAUUAUAGAUUUGUGAACAAUUCUGGACUUUGUGGAUACCCUCUUAGCCCUUGCAGCUCCUCUGCAUCAGGUGGGGGAAGCAGGGGGAGACCUAAGAGGAGAGAAGCAUCCCUUGCAGGGAGUGUGGCCAUGGGGCUGGCCUUGUCUCUCUUCUGCAUAUUUGCUGUCAUAAUUGUGGUUGUGGAGACGAACAAGAGGCGGAAGAGGGAGGAGGAGCAGCAGUCCGGCUCCUCCGGGGGCACGGCCACCGUGUGGAAGAUGAGCGCUCUCAGCAUUCAUCUCUCAACUUUUGAUCAGAAGCCUCUACAGAAGCUGACAUUCGGUGAUCUUGUUGAGGCCACCAACAACUUCCACAGCGGCGCCCUGAUUGGGUCGGGCGGGUUCGGAGACGUGUACAAGGCGGUGUUGAAAGAUGGCACCGUGGUGGCUAUCAAGAAACUCAAGCAUGCGAGUGGGCAAGGUGAUAGGGAAUUCAUCGCUGAAAUGGAGACCAUAGGUAGGAUCAAGCACCGCAACCUGGUCCCCCUCUUAGGCUACUGCAAGGUGGGGGAGGAGCGCCUUCUCGUGUACGACUACAUGAGGCACGGAAGCCUAGAAGGCGCGUUGCACGGCACCAAGAAGAAGCUGAGCUGGGACGCGAGGCGUAGGGUGGCCAUUGGGGCGGCCCGAGGGCUGGCCUUCCUCCACCACAGCUGCAGCCCGCACAUCAUCCACAGAGACAUGAAGUCCAGCAAUGUGCUCCUGGAUCACAACUUGGAGGCCCGGGUGUCCGAUUUCGGGAUGGCGAGGAUGAUGAGUGUAGUGGACACGCAUCUGAGCGUGAGCACGCUCGCGGGGACGCCCGGGUACGUGCCCCCCGAGUACUACCACAGCUUCAGAUGCUCCACCAAGGGCGACGUCUACAGCUAUGGCGUCGUCCUGCUCGAGCUCCUCACGGGGAGGCGCCCCACCGACUCGUCCGAUUUCGGGGACAACAACAAUCUGGUGGGGUGGGUGAAGGAGACUGCGGGGCCUCAUGUGUUUGAUCCUUGCUUGAUGAAGCAGCAGCCGGGCUUAGAGAUGGAGCUGUUGCAGCACCUCAAAAUCGCCUGCGCUUGCUUGGAUGAUCGCCCGUGGAAGCGCCCUACCAUGAUUCAAGUCAUGGCCAUGUUGAAGGAGAUUCAAGUUGGAGCAGUUGAAGGGAUGGAGAUGCAUGAGAUGAGAUGAAUGUUCAUCAUCAUUUCCAUCCCUUUUUUUUUUUUUUUUUAAUUAAACGUAUGUAUAUGCCCUUAUAUUUGUACCUAAGUGCUUCGAAAGAAUUAGAAUCUUGUUUUGUAAUUAUAUAGUUUGAGUUUGUAUGGGUUGUUACACUAGAAUCUCAAUCCUAAUUUAAUUAAGGUA